AUGAGAGACAAAAGACUCGAAUUGAAGUUAAGUGUACGUGGUGAUGGUUCGUUGAGUCGGAAUGGUCUACGGAGCAGCACGAGAAGUAACCGCAGUAAUUUGAGUAAUAGUAGCUCCAAUUUACCUGUGAGUGAAAUAUUUGCAAUAGACCGUUUUAAUUCACCUCAGUCUAGACAUUUUGAUAUACCUGAUAAAUAUCGGCGGCAGCCUGUCCAAUAUGAAUAUCCAGCGCAGAGUCUCCAAAAUUUAAAUCAAUACGAUGAAAGACAAAAUAAAUAUUAUCGCACAACUUCUCCAUCUGGACCAUAUGUACAGUAUUCAGAUCCAGUUCGACAAGGGUCAAGACAAAUUGUCGUCUCUCGUUAUGAACCAGUGUAUGCGAGCCCAGCAAAUCAAAUAUACGGAACUCUACCCCGUAACGUACAAUAUUAUCGAUCAGAGAGCAUAUCGAAUCCGACAUAUUAUACGCUGCCGGAUAGAUCUUUAAGAAGAGUAAGGAUAAGCGAAAAUGAACCAACUGUUUUUGGUUAUGUGACUGAUCUUUCUAAUAAAAUAAGACCAGAAUCACAUUAU